AUGGCAACAAAGGCAAACGCUAAUUCAAAUAAAGGAAAGCGAAAGUUAGCACUCGUUAUCGGCAUAAGCAAAUAUAAAAACCUGAAAAAACUGCCUAAUUCAGAAAAUGACGCCUGCUGCAUGUCAUCUGCACUGAAAGAGAUUGGUUUUACUGUUACACUGGCAUUAAAUUUGAAGUAUGAUGAGAUGAAAAGCGCUCUGAAAAUAUCCGAGGAUUCAACUGAGCACGGCGAUAUGAUUCUAUUUUAUUUUGCUGGACAUGGCGUACAAUGGCAAGAGUCGAAUUAUUUGUUACCACAAGAUGUUCCACACUUGGCUAAUGUUGACUUGAACAAAAAUGCAUUUAAUGCACAAGAAUAUCUGUAUGCUUUAGGCGAACGAAAGCCAUCAACAACAGUCUUUCUGUUGGAUUGUUGUAGAAGCUAUCAUAUAUCUGUGUCCGAGUUAGGAGAGCAAGCUUUGAAUCAAAGUGAUUCCAGAUUAGAUCACUUCAAGCCGAUGCAUAUGCCUGGCUCAUUGAUUGCUUUUGCUUGUGCUCCCGGAGCCGGAGCUUCUGAUGGAAAUGGACACGAGAACGGCCUAUUUACAAAACAUCUUCUCCGUCACAUUACAACUCCCAAUGAAGAUAUUCAACUGAUAUUGCGUGAUGUUAGAAGAGAAGUUAUGCAGGAGUCAAAAUCAAAACAGAUUCCUUUUCUGAGCGAUGGAUUAUUGGAAAGAAACAUAUGCUUAUAUGGUCAAUCACGCUAUAAAGCGCGUGACUUUCUGCAAAUAUCUGAUGAUGAUCUCAAACUUCAUGAGAAUAUUGGUGAUGGAGCUUUUGGCAUAGUGUAUAGAGCAACGUGGUUAAGCACAAGCCAUAUAGUUGCUGUCAAAAAAUUACACGUUAACGAAUUCUCCGAUAAAGCCACAAGGGAGUUUUUCCAGGAGCUUUCAUUAUUGCACACUCUACGUUCUCCAUACAUCGUCAAUUUCUAUGGUGCAUGCAUGGAAAAAGGAAAAUAUGCACUUGUAAUGGAGUACAUGUCUCUUGGCUCAUUAUAUAAGAUGGUACACGAAGAUAAGCUUGCAUUAACAUGGGCUGAGCGAUUAUCAAUUGCCUUGCAAGCAGCUAAAGGAAUCAAUUAUUUGCAUCAGUUGCAAGAGCCUAUUAUACAUCGAGAUAUAAAAUCAUUGAACCUCUUGCUAGAACGAGCGUACGAAGGAUAUAUCGUGAAAGUGUGUGACUUUGGUGUAGCUCGAACACUGAAUGAAACAGCACGUCAAACCAAUUAUAAACCUACAAGAGUAAUUACGUUGCCAUGGAGUGCACCUGAAAUUCUCCGCGUGGAACAGCACACAAAAAAGAGUGAUAUUUAUAGUUUGGGAACAAUUUACUGGGAGUUAGCUGCAUUCAAUAAACCAUAUGAGGGUCAUGCAGAUGACGUUAUUCGGGCAUCCGUUCUUGCUGGUGACCGCUUGAGAAUACCAGAAAAUACGCCAUCGAGAUUUUGUGCGGUCAUCAAGAAAUGUUGGGCUCAAAAUCCACAGGAUCGACCAAGCAGCUCUGAAAUAAUCCAAAUGAUUGAACAAUGUAUCCCAAUUGAAGAUACGCCGAAAUUGUCAAGCUAUAGACAGGUCUCGGCCGUUCCGAACUCAAGAGCGAAGCCCUUACAAUCACCAUCUCAAGUGAAGUUGAAACCACCACCAAAAUUAGAUGUAGCGAAAUCACCUCAGGUCAAACCCAUUUCGGCUGUUCCCAAACCAAAGAUGGAGCCCUCAAAAGUAUCAAAUGAAUUGAAAUUAGGUAUGUGA